AUUUUCUUCCAUUUUUACUGCACUCUCUGCUCCCCAACCCGUCUCCCCGACCAGGCAAUCUCUCGUUCUCAUAGGUCCAUUCCCUUCCGUUUGCUCCCACUCUGCUCGCCAUCUUCCUGACAGUCCUCAUCUUCCAGGGCCCCUCUCUACGGUCUAAUAAUCUCCUCUAAUUUUCUCUCAAACUUUCUCACUCCCUAGAAGCACCGACGGGGAGCACCACCUUGUAAUUUGCAGCUUUUCUUUAAGUUAUGAAUUCAAAUCUUUGAUUCGAAUCACCAUUAGACUCGUCGCGGGAUCAUCGCGGAGAAAAUGCGCCAAAUGUCAUCAGGGAGAGAGAGGAGAUUCUCGAAGCAGAAAGCUGACCUCGCCUCUGUCCUGCGGAAAUCUUGGUACCAUUUAAGGCUGUCGGUGCGGCAUCCGGCUAGGGUUCCUACGUGGGACGCUAUCAUUCUCACGGCUGCUAGUCCUGAGCAAGCCGAACUGUAUGAAUGGCAGCUCAAGCGGGCGAAGCGGAUGGGCCGGAUAGCGAACUCCACUGUCACCCUCGCUGUUCCUGACCCGGAUGGACAGAGGAUCGGGUCCGGGGCUGCCACUCUUAACGCCAUUUACGCUCUUGCUAGACACUAUGAGAAGCUCGGGCACGAUCUUGGUCAGGAGGUGACGGUUACGAGAAGCUGCAGUUUUGGAUCUUCUUUGCCAGAUGAUAGUUCCAGGUCAAGUAAUGGGAAUGCUCUGUUACCGGUGGUUAACCUCGUGGCCAAAAAGCAUAUACUAAUGCUUCAUGCUGGAGGUGACUCUAAAAGGGUUCCAUGGGCGAACCCUAUGGGGAAAGUAUUCCUGCCACUCCCAUAUCUAGCAGCAGAUGACCCUGAUGGGCCAGUUCCACUGCUUUUUGACCAUAUUCUUGCAAUUGCUUCAUGUGCAAGACAAUCUUUUGGAAAUGAAGGUGGAAUAUUCAUCAUGACUGGAGAUGUUCUUCCAUGUUUUGAUGCCUCCAGCAUGGUUCUUCCAGAGGACACAUCUUGCAUUAUCACUGUCCCAAUCACCCUUGACAUAGCUUCUAACCAUGGGGUUAUAGUAGCAUCAAAAGCUCAGAUCCUUGGUGAAAAUUAUACAGUCAGUUUGGUUGACAAUCUGCUUCAGAAACCUAGUAUAGAGGAACUUGUUAGUAGUGGUGCAAUCUUAGAUGAUGGCAGAACAUUGCUUGAUACUGGAAUAAUUGCAGUUAGAGGCAAAGCAUGGCUAGAUCUUGUCACCCUUGCAUGUUCGUGUCAACCAAUGAUUUUGGAACUUCUGAAGAAUAAAAAAGAGAUGAGUUUAUACGAAGAUCUAGUUGCAGCUUGGGUGCCCGCAAAACAUGACUGGUUGUGCCUUCGGCCUUUGGGAAAAGAUUUGAUUAGCAAACUUGGAAAACAGAGGAUGUCCACCUAUUGUGCUUAUGAUUUACUAUUCUUACAUUUUGGAACCUCAAGUGAAGUUCUAGAACACCUCAGUGGGGCUGGUUCAGGAAUUGUAGGUCGAAGACACUUGUGUUCCAUCCCAGCUACUACUGUAUCUGACAUUGCAGCAUCUGCUGUUAUUCUUUCCAGCAAGAUUGCACCAGGAGUGUCAAUUGGGGAAGAUUCUCUUAUAUAUGAUUCGUCCAUUUCUGAUGGAAUGCAAAUUGGUUCCCAAUCAAUAGUUGUUGGAGUUAAUGUCCCUGAAGAUAAUGACACGACUGUAGAAAAUUUAUUUUGGUUCAUGCUUCCGGAUCGGCAUUGUCUAUGGGAAGUUCCGUUAGUAGGAUGCACUAAAAGGGUCUUAGUGUACUGUGGAAUCCAUGAUAACCCAAAGAAUUCACUCUCAAGAGAUGGGACUUUCUGUGGGAAACCCUGGGAGAAGGUUUUGUGUGAUUUAGGCAUUCAGGAAAGUGACUUGUGGAGGUUCAAUGGUCGUCAGGAGAAGUGCUUAUGGAAUGCAAAAGUAUAUCCUGUUCUUGAUUACUUUGAAAUGCUAAAUUUAGCAAAAUGGUUAAUGGGCUUGAGUGACCAGAAAACCAAGGACUUGCUUCAUUUAUGGAAAAGUUCUGACCGUGUCAGUUUGGAGGAGUUGCAUAGAUCAAUUGACUUUCCUAAAAUGUGUAUCGGUUUAAGUAAUCAUCAAGGCGAUCUUGCUGCUGGAAUUGCUAAAGCUUGUGUUAACUACGGCAUGCUUGGCCGCAAUUUAUCCCAAUUGUGUGAAGAGAUUCUUCAGAAAGAACUCAUAGGAGUUGAAAUAUGCAAGGACCUUCUAGCAUUAUGUCCCAAACUUCAUGAGCAGAACCCUAAAAUUCUGCCCAAAAGUCGGGCAUAUCAGGUAGAAGUUGAUCUUCAUCGAGCAUGCAGAGAUGAAACAAGAGCUUGUGAGUUGGAGCACAAGGUUUGGGCUGCUGUUGCUGAUGAAACAGCUUCAGCAGUGAGAUACGGUUUUAGAGAGCAUCUCUUGAUGUCUUCUGAUGGAAAGACCGUUAUAGCAUGUCAGAAUGAUAACAACAAUGAUUGUGUGGAUAGAUCUUUUCAUCCAAGAAAGGUGAAGGUGGAGCUACCAGUCCGGGUGGACUUUGUAGGGGGUUGGAGUGAUACUCCCCCAUGGAGCCUAGAGCGUGCUGGUAGUGUUCUGAAUAUGGCAAUUAACCUGGAAGGUUCCCUUCCAAUUGGCACUAUCAUAGAGACAAGGAAAGAAAAUGGAGUAUUGAUUACAGAUGAUGCUGGAAACAAAGUGUAUAUUGGAGAUGUCACCUUUAUUGCUACUCCCUUUGACGUCAAUGAUCCAUUUCGCCUUGUAAAAUCUGCAUUGCUGGUGACAGGAAUUGUUUCCGGAAGCUUUCUAGAAACCAUGGGCUUGCACAUUAGGACAUGGGCCAAUGUUCCACGGGGUAGUGGACUUGGGACUUCUAGCAUCUUAGCAGCUGCUGUUGUGAAAGCACUUCUCCAGAUAACUGAUGGAGAUCAAAGUAAUGAAAAUGUUGCCCGACUUGUUUUGGUCUUAGAGCAGCUCAUGGGGACGGGAGGGGGCUGGCAGGAUCAGAUUGGUGGAUUAUACCCUGGGAUCAAAUUUACAGCAAGUUUUCCUGGAAUACCGUUGCGGCUCCAAGUCACCCCCUUGUUGCCUUCUUUUCAAUUGGUAUCAGAGUUGCAGCGGAGAUUGCUUGUGGUUUUUACUGGACAAGUUCGACUUGCACAUCAAGUCCUACAGAAGGUUGUAAAGAGAUAUCUUCGGCGGGAUAACCUUCUUGUCUCUAGCAUCAAGCGUCUUGCUGAACUGGCAAAGCUUGGGAGGGAAGCUCUAAUGAACUGCGACUUGGAUGAAUUGGGAGAAAUUAUGUUGGAGGCUUGGAGAUUGCAUCAGGAACUUGACCCUUACUGCAGCAAUCAAUUUGUUGAUAAGCUCUUCUCAUUUGUUGAUCCUUUCUGCUGCGGUUACAAACUUGUAGGUGCUGGUGGUGGAGGCUUCGCUUUGUUACUUGCCAAGGAUGCUGACAGUGCCACAGAGUUAAGACACAAAUUAGAACACAAUUCGGAUUUAGAUGUGAAAGUCUACAACUGGAACAUAUCCUUGGAAAGGUAAAUCACAUGUUAUAGAAAACCACACUACUAGUCUGUUAUUCUUUACAGUAAAGUAGUUCAUUAUUGUUUGACAUACCCUAUAGAUAUUCAUGGUCACACAUAUUAUGUUGCUACCAUGUUCUUGUAUGAAUACAUAAAAGGGGUUAGAAACUUAAGUUGUGUAUUAAUAUUUGAUAUUUAAUAAAGUUCAGUUGCAUGACC